AUGAGGCUUCUUCUGAUAUUAAUUUCGUCCCUUCUGGUGAUGUGUAUAGCAGAAGUACAGAAGAAGAAUCGUAAUGUACCUCCAACAGAAACCCUAAGCGAGAAGAGAUUACUCAUGCCACCAAGGCACAUUAACAUAAAAUUAUCAGCAAAGACCAAGCCUCAACCUUUGAUAUCAUUGUACAAAACGUAUGUUGGGAAAAAGUCUUUAAUGCGUAAGUUUGUACCUGUUGCAAGAAUGACCGAACCACCGAUUAAGGUAACUAGACGACCAGUUAUGAAGCAACGGCAAUUAGUUGUUGGAUCUGUCACAGUUAAACCACAUAAGAAAGAAGAUAUUCAUAUUACAUUAAGGAGAAGAGCCAAUUUUAGACCUGUAAGUUUUGAGAAAGAUACCAAAAGACAAGAGGUUGCUGCAAAAUCUAUUGAACCGGAUAGUAAGGAAGACAAACAUGUUCCGGCCAAUGAUCUCAAAGAAGAUACUUUAAAACCAAAAGAGGAGAAAAAAGAUGCGGAUGAAGAUAGCAAGGAGUUUAUAUUUCUAAAUCCAAACGAUAGUGCAGCUAAAGUAGACAGUGAUAAAAACUCUAAUUGA